UGCUCCACAAAUAUGAAAAUGUUCCUUCUGCAGCCCGGAGAACAUGGCAAAGACAUUUAGUCCCUGCAGCUCUUCAUUUUGAUGCAAAUGUGAGGCAGGUUGGACCGCGGGAGGGGGGAGGGGGACUGAGGGGAAAUGCAAUUGAAGGAUUUCUUUGUGGAGGCCCGAUGCAAAUCCCAAAUGUUCUCAGGGUCUGAAAACAAAAACAGCAUGGGUGCUGUUGUAGGACUCUUGAAGAGAUGCACCUUCUGAAUAUUUCUCUCUUACUUCAUGGCUCCAGUGCUGGUGAAGCCACUAUUAUUAUUAUUAUUAUUAUUAUUAUUAGACUUUCUGGUGAUGAAGUCGCCGCCUCCUUCAAGCGAUGCCCAGUGUGAGCUCUCUCCGGCUGGAUGAAGCCAGUGUACACGGUGGCAUGUGGCUGGGAUUAGGACAUUUCACUGUGGAUUAAAAUCUUUUUCCAACGCCUCCAUGGCCACUCGCUGAAAGAAAGGAGUCUGAAGAUCCAGUGAGCACUCUGGGCCAAUGGUCUCACUUAGCAGCUACAGGAUGUUCCAGGUGCUCCAGGGUCACAUCCAGCCGGCUGGACACCGAAGCUGCAAAACUCGCCUGGUCACCAAAGACGGGCGCUGCAACAUCGAGUUCGGCAACAUCGAAUACAGCAACCACUUUGCGUACCUGUUGGACUUCUGGACCACGUUUGUGGAGAUCCGCUGGCGCUUUGUUCUCCUGCUGUUUGUGGCUUCGUUCACCGGCAGCUGGUUCGUUUUCAGCCUGCUGUGGUACUGGAUCGCGCAGAGCAACGGGGAUCUGACAGGGCAGAACCGCACAGACGGACACGUGCAGUGUAUUGACAAUGUUAACGGCCUCACGACGGCGUUCCUCUACUCCCUGGAGACCCAGACCACCAUCGGGUACGGUGGCAGGGCGCUAACUGGACACUGCACCGGCACCGUGGCUCUAAUUAUAAUCCAAUCUCUAAUCGGCGUCUUUAUCAAUUGCUUCAUGUGUGGCGUCAUCUUGGCCAAGAUCUCCUUACCCAAACGACGGGCAAAGACCGUCACCUUCAGCGACACAGCCGUCAUCUGUUUGAAGAAAGGAAGUCUGUGUCUCCUGAUCCGCGUAGCAAACCUUCGAAAGACGUUAUUAAUCGGCAGCCAGAUCUACGGAAAGCUGCUCCGGACAACGACCACGUCAGAUGGCGAUACCAUCAUUCUGGACCAGGUGGAUAUCGACUUUAUGGUCGACGCCGGCAAGGAUAACUUGUUCUUUGUGUGCCCUAUGACCCUCUACCACGUGAUCAACACAUCGAGCCCGUUCUACGAGCUGUCGGCUGACUCUCUCCCCCACCAGGACUUUGAGCUGGUGGUCUUUUUGGACGGCACGGCCGAGUCCACCAGCUCCUCCUGUCAGGUCCGAACCUCCUACAUCCCUCAGGAGAUGAAGUGGGGGUUCAGCUUCCUGCCCAUCAUCUCCCGCACAAAGACGGGAAAGUACCAUGUGGAUUUCUCAAACUUUUCCAAAAGCGUGCGGGUCACAACGCCGCACUGCGUCCACUGCUUCGAGACAGACGCAGACCAGAGAAACCACAACAGCCACAACAGAGAAAAUCACAACAACCAGCAGAAGUUGGGGAUCGACAACUUGGGGUUUCAGGUGAUCGACAUUCACGACUCUGUGGACAUCACCAAAAUGUGAGCGGUUAGGAGAGGAGAGUGAAUCAGGAAGUGGGAAAUAAAGCGGGAAAAGUUACUUACUUUGAAGCAAACAAAGUACUUUUCAAGGAACUAAAAGGUUCAUUCAGCCCAUUGUUGUCUUACCCAAGAAGAUUAGGAAAAAGUCGUCUACUGCCACUACUACGACAUUUCCAAACAGCCGUUAUUUGGAUAAACUGACAAAAUGGUUACUUUCUUGCCUGCAGUGAAGUGUCAGAAACUGCAGUUCCACAAAUGGCCACUUGAGGCUCCAAAAGCCAGUCAAUCUCCACAGACCUCCUUGUCAAAAUGUCCGACUUUACAGCAGAAAUAAACAUGUUUACAGCCUGCUACAAAAAAAGGUUUUGGUCUCUAUAGCUAAUUGUGUUUAACUCAAUCAUUUUAAUUUUAUUACGGCAUAAUUUAGGGUAUGAGCGCUGACAGCCUUCUCGAGUCGCUAACCGCUAGCUUCCGUUCAACCGACGAUGCACAUUUUUUUAGAUUAACCGAGAGUUGGACGGCGGCUCUCAGAUGCAGAUUUUAAAUGCCGGUUGAUGACGUCCUGUGAGUCGUAUGUCAUAAGUAUGCAGUCUGCAAGCCAGCAUGCUUUUCUGGCUAAUCUGACCCACAAUCCUUUGCACAGCAGAUAUAUGAUGACGGUCAAAUGUCAAGGCCUCAUGUUAGGAGGACGUAGUAAGCUACUGCAAACUGCAUGCAACAGUACGUAAGGGUUACUGCAGGUUGUACUAAAAGUAAAAAGAUAAAGUAUGCACAGCCAAAUGUCUCCGUAACUUAAUUUAAACUCUGGUCCCUGCGGUUGAAACGCAAUGAGUUCCUCAAAAGGUCCCUAGUUCCUGCGCUAAGUUUUAAUCAGAAUUUCUUGACGAGGAGGGACUCGGAAGAAGUAUUUGCUUCCUC